AUGGAGCACCACUCUUCUCAGAGCCACACUGAGCCAAGAGAGCUAGCAGUAGCAGAGAGUGAGAGUAGAGUGAGUGAGUGAGAAUGGGUGGCAAAGCCGCCCUCCUGGUGGCCCUCCUGGUCGUGAGCCUGGUCCUCGAGGCCCAGGCCGGCAGCGGCUACGGCGGCGGGCACCCCCCUUCCCCGACGCCGGUCACCCCACCCCCCAAGCACGAGAAGCCACCCAAGGGGCACAAGCCCCCUCACCACCACCACCACGCCAAGCCACCGGUCGGCUCCCACGCGCCGCCCACCUACAGCCCCCCGACGGCUAAGCCUACCCCUCCGGCCCCUAAACCUGCACCACCCACCUACGCCCCCAUCCCGAAGCCGCCGAAGCCAUCUCCUCCGGCGUACCACCCUACGCCCAAGCCUGCACCUCCCACGUACAAACCACCAACCCAGCCUAAGCCCUCGCCGCCGGCGUACAAGCCAGCCCCCAAGGUCUCACCGCCUGCGUACAAGCCAGCCCCCAAGGUCUCACCGCCGGCGUACAAGCCUGCUCCCAAGGUCUCACCGCCCGCGUACAAGCCAGCCCCCAAGGUAUCGCCGCCAGCGUACAAGCCUUCCCCCAAGGUCUCGCCGCCGGCGUACAAGCCUGCCCCCAAGGUCUCGCCGCCGGCGUACAAGCCAGCUCCCAAGGUCUCUCCGCCGGCUUACAAGCCCGCCCCCAAGGUCUCACCGCCAGCUUACAAGCCCGUCCCCAAGCCCUCACCGCCGGCGCCGAAGCCGACUCCACCGCCCUACAAGCCCCCGACGCCCACUCCUCCGGCGCAGAAGCCCCCGACGCCCACUCCUCCGGCAUACAAGCCCCCGACGCCCACUCCUCCGGCGCACAAGCCCCCGACGCCCACUCCUCCGGCGCACAAGCCCGCGACGCCUACUCCUCCGGCGCACAAGCCCCCGACGCCUACUCCUCCGGCGCACAAGCCCCCGACACCUACUCCGGCAUACAAGCCACCGACGCCUACUCCUCCGGCGGACAAGCCCCCGACGCCGACUCCUCCGGCGCACAAGCCCCCUACGCCUACUCCCCCGGCGCACAAGCCCCCGACGCCUACUCCUCCGGCGUACAAGCCCCCCACCCCGAGCCCCCCGCCUCCGCCGUACCACCACUAAGAUCCACCACUCCGUCAAGCUGGGAGCCGAGAAAAGCGGUCGAGAAGAGUUGUGCGAGCAGGCCAAGAAGAGCCACGUACGUACGGCGUCGUUGAUCCUCCUGCGGUGUGUGUUGCUGCCGAGCUAGCUAGGGCCGAUCUCUCAGGAGAUGGAAUAAUGCAGAUGAUGGCUCCCGCCAUUAGUUAUCUUACCAGCUUAAGUAUUGUGUUCGUCCAGUCUUGCGUCUGUGUUGUUAGUGUCGCGAUGUUGCCAGUGUGGCUGUAAAACCAUUGAUCAAAGGUGUUGUUGCCUGUUGCAUGUAA